AUGUUCUCAACAUAUAGUUACUGGACAUUCGCCCUUCUGCUAUUCAGUACCAUCAUUCUCAUACCAAUCAUCAUGGGAUUAUUUGGUGGAAACAAGUUCCCGGUGGAGGGAAAGGUAAGUCGCCCAGGUACAGCUGGUCAGAUUCAAGUAAUAACCAAGCAUGCCCAGACGGUCCUGCUUACGGGAGGCUCGGAAGGGAUGGGGAAGGCCGUAGCGAUACAGCUAUCCCAGAAAGGCGCGAAUGUUAUAAUUGUAUCGCGGAAUGUGGAAAAGCUGGAGAUUGCUUUGAAGGAAGUUCAGGCCGCAGCCAAGAACCCUUCAUCGCAGAGAUUCAAAUACAUAUCCGCAGAUCUUUCCCAGUCAUCAGCCUCACUGCGAGUGCUCGCAGAAGCACGAACCUGGAACCAUGGCAACCCACCCGACAUAGUAUGGUGUAUCGCUGGUACCUCCCUACCGAAUUUCUACGUAGAAACGCCCAUGGAGACACUUCGAUCGCAGAUGGAUCUAAACUUCUGGGCAGCUGCAGAGAUGGCACAUGGUGUAUUGCGGGAAUGGCUUGAUCCUGAAGCUCUGGAAAUGGGAGGGUCGCAGAAGCAUUUGAUUUUCACGGCUACGGUGUGCGCGUUCUAUGCCCCGGUUGGCUAUUCUCCCUAUGCGCCUGCGAAAGCUGCCAUCAGGAACUUGAGCGAUACGUUGCAGCAGGAGAUGCUUUUAUAUGGUGGAGGAGAGGCUGUCAAAAUCCAUACAGUGUGUCCCGGAACGAUAACGUCUCCUGGGUUCGAGAGGGAAAACUUGAACAAACCGGCUAUCACGAAGGAGUUGGAGGAGUCAGAUCCGGUUCAGAGCCCUGAAGAAGUUGCUGCUAUCGCGAUCAAGGCGCUGGAAGCCGGGGAGUAUCUAAUUACAAUGAACUGGUUGGGUAGAGCUAUGAAAGCUCAGGCUUGGGGAGGGAUGCCGAGGAGUAAUUGGGUGUUGGACACGUUAUAUACACUUAUUACUUCUUUUGUGUGGAUGAUUGUGCAGCCGAUGCUUGAUGGGCAGGUGAAGGCGCAUGGUAAGAAGUACGGGCACCCGAGUACAUAUGCGAAGAAGGCUUGA